AUUUGCUUCCUUGGUGCAAUAUUCAUCAUCAAUGGUUGCUUUAGUGAAGGAAUACAAGGCUAAGGUUAGUUAAUCAUGAAGAAGGUGAUUCCAAUUCUAUUUGUUCUUGGAUUGGGGUUACUGUAUCUUCAAGUUGAUGCUAGAAGGCUUGUUUUAGAGCAAAUUAAAACACAAAAAACAGAAAAUCAGCUUCAAUCCAAUGCUCCAGGGAUUAAGCCAAAUGAUGAACAUGGGAAAUCAAGCACUUCUGGAAAUCCAUUGACAGGUUCAGUACCAGCAGUUGAAGCAGAUACAGAUAAUAGAAAUAGCAGCACUUCUACUAGUAGUGGUGGCAGCAACAGUAGUGGUGAUGGUGAUGAUGAGAAGAACACUAGUUAUGGGAAUUAUGGCUAUCCUUCUGGAUCAUCAACAGAGACUCAUCAUGCUUAUACAAACGAUUGCAAUCCAAAGAAAGGUUGUUGAUCAAUUAGGAUUCUCAGCACUGUAAAUAUAUAGUAUGUAAAAAGAAAGAACAGCGUGGAAGUGCAACUAAUUAAACAAAAGUCAUGGUUGAAUGGCCUUUAGGCUUCUUUGCGUUUAUGACAAACAAUAUAGUUACAUAAAAGCCAUGAGUAGUGCUUGGUAGUGUACAAUUGCUAUUAUUACAGGCUCUUCAAGAGGGUGGACUCUCGUUGCAUUAGGCUGCAGCAGCCAUGGCCCUGGAAAAUUGGUAAAUUGAUGAAAGAAGAAGGAAUCCCACAAGUUAGAAGGGAAAUUCUCUUUUUUUCUGGCGCA